GAAGUCACAUAUUUAAUUGUUUCCUAUCAAACAAAAGAUAUAUUUCUACAAAUAUUUGUAUCUGAACAAGAUGUUAUUGCAUUUAACUUGAAGCUGAAUAAUGGAAUCUCCUCAAGGAUUUGUAGAGGAGAUAGAAACCAACGAAUUAUCAUUCUACGAGAUUGUUGGCAAAGGAGCAUUUGGUGUUGUGAGCCGAGCAAAAUGGCGGGCUAAGGAUGUUGCUGUGAAGAUAAUUGAAACAGAAUCAGAAAGGAAAGCCUUCCUGACAGAGCUUAAACAGUUGUCUCGAGUCAACCAUCCUAAUAUUGUCAAAUUAUAUGGAGCAUGUACAAGAGCACCGGUAUGUUUAGUGAUGGAAUAUGCAGAAGGGGGCUCUCUGUACAAUGUUUUACAUGGAGUAGGUCCACAACCUACAUAUACAGCAGCACAUGCAAUGAGCUGGGCUCUACAAUGUUCCAGGGGUGUUGAGUACCUACAUAGUAUGAAGCCCAAAGCCCUUAUACACAGAGAUCUCAAACCACCUAAUUUGUUACUGAUAAUGGGAGGUACAGUGUUGAAGAUUUGUGAUUUUGGUACAGCUUGUGAUAUUCAGACACAUAUGACAAACAACAAGGGAAGUGCUGCCUGGAUGGCUCCUGAAGUGUUUGAAGGAAGCAACUACAGUGAGAAGUGUGAUGUGUUCAGUUGGGGUAUAAUCCUUUGGGAAGUGUUCACAAGAAGAAAACCUUUUGAUGAAAUAGGUGGACCUGCCUUCAGAAUAAUGUGGGCAGUACAUAAUGGUACUAGGCCACCAUUGAUAAGAAAUUUGCCAAAACCAUUAGAACUGCUAAUGACCAGAUCUUGGUCGAGUAAUCCUGCAGAGAGACCGUCCAUGGCAGAGGUUGUGAGGAUCAUGUCACAUCUGUUUCAGUUUUUUGCUGGAGCAGAUGAGCCCCUGGUUUAUCCUGCAUACAGUGAUGAUGAAUCACUAGACUAUACUUUUAGUUCACCGAUGCCUAUCAUAACCCAGUGUUCAGGUCCCCCAAGCACUGUCAGUACAAACAAUAUGCCACAAGCCACUGGUGGGGAGUCACGCACAAGCACCAUCAGUGAGACAGUCCGACAUAGUGGGGACUAUAUACCCCAGUUACCCCACCCACCACACACACCACAGAGAACAGUCACACCUACAGUCACGGAGGAGGAGAAUCGAAGUCAACGGAGUGCUCCCCCUUCCCUGGCUGCCAGUCGAGAAAGCCUGAUUGGCAUACAGAGUCCCAGGUCUGGUACCCCAGUCGAUCAUCAGCAGAAAAGAUAUUCUGCUGAUUUAACCAACCUUCAAGAAUAUGACAUUAUGUCUCAAGGUGUUGGAGUCCAUCCUAAAGUUUUAGGACAUCGUCGGUCUGGCUCAUAUGGGUCUCCAGCAUAUAUAUUUCAAACUGGAGCUCCACCCAAUAAUCCCAUGAUGCAUCAGAAAGGCAGAGGUCACAGGCGGAUUGGGUCAGAUGGUUACACAGAUAUCACAGUUGGCAACAUGGCCCCACCUCCAUCGAAUAUCAGUAUACAGAAAUCUCCUCCGGCUACCAUACAUCAUGUCAGCACCUACCCUGGAUCUAUAAAUAGUGCAUCAAGGGAAACAACUCCAACACCCCAUCAAGGAAAUUUAGGUACAUCAAGGGAGAACACUCCACCAUACAGGUCAGUGUCUUACAACCCGCCACCCGGUAGCGAGGCUGGUAAUAAACCGACAGUGAGAUCAGCCUCCUGGACAUCCGACGCCACUGUGAUGCCUCCACUCAGUGUCAAUGUUAACCUUGGUCCUGCCAUGGGUGCAGCUUAUGCUGGGUCAGGAGUGAGUCAUAUCCUAUCAAACCCUCUGUCUAACCAAGCUAUGUCUCUUGUUUAUCAGUCAUUAGAUCAUCAGUAUCAGCCAAUAGCACCUUGCCCAAACAGUACUGAAUCUAUGGAAAUGUUUCAUAAACAUUGUAAGCUGGCACAGCAGUAUCUCAAAUACCAAACAGAGAUUGCAAUGUUCGAGCAGACACGUCAUGAAUUACGUAAAGAACUACAAGAUGAUGUGAUGGAUCAUCAGAGCACUGCUCAGCUCACAGAGGAAUAUCUUAAACUGUCUAAUGAAAAUGAAAGUUUGAAAAGUUUCCACAGAAAUUUAACUGUGCAGCUAGAACAUAUUAGGAAGAAGCAACAACAGACUAAAAGAUACGGUGCCAGUUGAGACUAGGUUCCUACAUUAUAUAACUUGAGAUUGAAAACCAGUCACAUAAUCCUGGCAUUUGAUUGGCUGUUUUUGAACUCAUUUGAAAUAUUGACCAAUGGCAAGGUUGUAUUCUGAGGCUGGUUUUCAAAUUCUAUAAAAAAAACUUUCAAGAGGUUUGAAACCAGUCACACUACCCUCGCAUUUGAUUGGCUGUUUUUGAACUCAUUUGGAAUAUUGACCAAUGGCAAGGUUGUACUCUGAGACUGGUUUUCAAAUUCUAUUAGAACAAAAUCAGGAAAACAAAACAGCUACAAACUGAAAGAUACUGUGCCAGUUGAGACCAGAAGUGUUUUAGUGUGUACAAAAUGUCAUAUGUUUGCCAUAUUUAAUCUACUUUUUUUCAUGGAUGAUUGGAAAGGAUAUAGUAGUUAAAGAACUACUGGCUGGCAUAUUAUAAUGGAUCACGAUUGAAUUUCAGGAAAAAGACAUGCUGGUGAUAUUUUCAGAUCUAAUAUAACAAUUUUCAAGAUUUUCAUAUAUAAAAAAAAUAGAUUUUUGAUUGAGCAACAUGUAACUCUCAGGUAAAUCAAAAAAGAAAUGUAUAAAUUCUGAGGAUGAGAGCUUUGCCAUCAAUAACAGAGACCAUAUGCUGUUAAAGACUGACUUGUAAAAAAGUCUUGACAGAAUGAAAUUAUUACAUGCGUCAAAAUUUGUGAUACCAAAUAUUUUGUCCAGUGUACAUUGGUUUACAUAAAAUGUUGAACAUUAUCGCAGGUUUUUGUUGCAUGCAGCAUUUGAUUGUUUUGUAGAAUAUGAAAAUCUAUUUUCUUGUACAUAUUUCUGAUCAAUUUUAUAUGGCAGAUAUAGAUUGCUGGUUAACUUGUGUUUUAUAGAAAUAAUGAAAUACUUUGAAUCCUAGCAGGACUGGUCUGCAGAUUUAUAAAAGUAUUUGUCCUUUUAUAAUGAAAUAUAUUAAUAAAGUUUUAAUAAAAUUGUAAAAACUC